CUCCAAUAAAGUUAUACAUUGAUCCCUUGGUGAACGCAAGAGGCUCCACAAAAGUUGUAUCUAUCGUUAUUUCCUUGCUGUUGUCUUUAAUUCUAGCCUGACUACAUCGAAUAUCGUGGGAUACAAUUCUAAACAAUAAAAUUUUAUUUUCAACAUUGUAGACUGCUCGUAUUCGAACUYUGAUUAAAAAAAUAUUCUAAUAAUAUAAUAUGAAAAAAAAACUACACAUGUAUAUUAAGGAAUGUAUAAUAUACUUACCUUCCCCAAGUUCUGACUGAUUUUCCAACGGAAUUUUCUCCUAUUCGUAAGACUUCUUCUAACGAAAGUAUCUCCCCACUCGAAAUGCCCGCCAUUAUUUUGUAGCGCSGUCUUCUGUGUGUACUGGGACGAACUCGUCACCAGGCUUUYGCCGACAAGRUUGURAARGUWGCGAAAACGAAUGAGUGACACGAGUCUCGGAUAGAAGGCAAAAAUUCACACGAAAUWAAAAUUCACUGUUGAAAUAAGGUACCGUAGAUCAUCUCUUUCGUACAACUAUGGACAAAGUGUUAAGGGGAAUUGUCAACUUUACUAACCGUGUGAGAUCCAAUCUUCUACCAACAUUGAAGGAUGUAGCCAUCAAAGCUCAGCCAGACAUGCUUAUGAUCACAUGUGUUGAUAGUCGUCUUCUGCCGGGUACUUACAUGUCAGCAGUUCCUGGACAGAUGUUUGUUGUACGCAAUGUAGGAAAUCUUUUUCCACAUGCAAGGUUGUUUGGYUCACAAGUUGCUUCAUCUGCCGAACCAGCUGCUUUAGAAUUAGCUGUCAUUAACUAUGGCAUCAAGCAUGUUGCUGUAUGUGGCCAUUCAGAUUGCAAGGCAAUGCAUGCUUUGUAUGAUACUGCAAGCUCCUCCAGCACUGACAACAGUUCCAUGAUUGCAAGUUGGAUAACAACUCAUGGCAAGUCAUCUUUAACCAAACUAGACAGACUUGUUGUGRAUGACAACAAAGUGGUUUUCAAUGAUGAGAUUGAAAGUGAAAAAUUUGAAGCUGUCAUCGAUGAGAAACUUCCCAUUCAGGACAAGCUUUCACAGGUCAAUGUAUUGCAGCAGCUUCACAACAUUGGUUCGUAUAGCUUUGUUCGAGAGCAACUGAGAAACAGACAAUUGAAUCUUCAUGCGCUUUGGUUCGACAUAGCAAAYGGAGAAAUGUAUAUGUUCUCCAAGGAAAAGACUUCGUUCCAGUUGGUCAAUGAAGACACAAUAAAGACUAUAUUCAAGUCUGUAUAACGAAAAAAGAACGUGGAAAUACACAGAGUUAAUCCAGUUUAAAAAGCAAAUGAAUUCUACUUUUCCCAACUUGGGAAGACURCAUGAAAAAACAAACAAACAUUUUUUGGCAGUUUCAUAAAAACCCGUUAAGAGCUCGAUUUUUUGUGAAACUUUAAAGUAAUAUUAUGAAAUGUUUGAAUCUGAGAGUGACACGACGUCUACUAAAAGGAAUCAGGUUCUCACACCGCUUGAAGUCAGCUUACGAUUUAAAGGCGUGGAUAUUUAAACAUUUUGCUUAUAACAUAAGCGUUGUCUAACAAAGUAAUAUAGUAACUAAAAAUCGUCAUAAACGACAUUGACUUGCGAAAACGUUCUUGUGUAUCAAUAAGCACGGUUUGCUGGUUUAGCGGAUAAGUGCGGUUCGCGCAUUGUUUGGACUUUUGAUUAAAUGAUUUGGGAGUUA